AUGCCACCGACAGUGCUGCACCUCAGUUUGUUGGAUGAUUUUCAUAAGAAAAUUGUGCUAAUCACUCUGGUGCAGCUCGUGCUGAAUCUCGUGUUGAAAAGUGCAACAACCGACGCUCUGGAUGGCGAAUUUCGAGUGGAACGAUCGUUGUCCGGCAGGCAGAUCGCAAGUCGACGGGAUACGCGCUUUUUGCCGAUUUUCACCGUGUACCAGUGGGGCCAGGGACUGUGUUCGGCCGCCUCCGGUGAGUACGGAUCCUGUCAACCGAACAACGAGUGCGUGCUGCGAGGCGGACUUCCGGCAGGACCAUGUGCCGGCGGAUACGGAACGUGCUGCAUCUUCAUGGCAUCCUGCGGUGGAGUAGUGCGUGAGAAUGGCACCUACUUUGUCAAUCCAAACCACCCGGAUAGUACCGAUGGCACGGGCAGCUGUCAACUGACGAUCCUGAAAAUGCACCCGGACAUCUGUCAGGUGCGGCUCGAUUUCGAUCACUUCGUGCUGAAUGGGCCGGAGAUCGUGAAUCACAUCUGCAACACGGACCAGUUCUUGGUGUCGGGUGGUAGUCCAGCUCCGACUAUCUGCGGCAGUGCAACGGGAGAACACAUGUAUAUCGACGCCGGUAUGGGCCAGAGCAACCCGAUUAUCCUGACUGUCAUCACUAGUGGUCCGAGCUUUCCGCGAGCCUGGCGCGUCAGGAUCUCGCAGAUACCGUGCGGAGCCAUCGCCAAAGCGGACCAGGGAUGCCUUCAACAACACACGGGUGUGAGUGGCCGCGUGAGGAGCUUUAACUUUGACCCGGUCAGUGGACGUCAGCUCUCGAACCAAGACUACAGCAUCUGCAUCCGGACGGAACGUAACUUCUGCAGCAUCCAGUACACGGCUUGUCCGGGCGUGUUGCCUGGCAACCGUUCGCGUACCUUCACGCUCUCAGGCAACAGCAACAGCGUGGUGCAAGCGAUGGUAGGUGGCGGCACACAGGGCACGCCGAACUCCUGUACAAAUGACUGGCUGAUGGUACCGUGCGCUAAGAUCGCCGACCGGUUGCCGAUGGCAAGCACAUGUGAGGACAAGAUCUGCGGUGGCACGUUCAACGCCGAAGUCAGUUCAGUAGAACGCACUGUUGUGUCGACGAUACGACCCUUCCGGUUGGCCUUCCACACGGACUCGGUGGAGGCGCCCACGGACGUGGACAAUCGAGGGUUCUGCCUCGACUACGUCCAGCAGCCCUGUACGAGCAACAAGUGA